AUGAAACUAGGAAGAGUUAUUUGUAAAUUUCUACGAAAAUGUCCAAAAACAAUACGGCGGUUGUAUUCAGAAAGUUCGGCGAUAGUAGAGUGUGGGCCGAAUUUGGACGAUAGAGGGAUUUGCGCAGUGCAGGCUUGCGACCCAGAGAAAUGUUACCCAGAACCACGAGUGGUUAUCGUAGGUGCUGGCAUGGCUGGGCUUUCAGCUGCCGCGAGGCUCUCUCAACGAGGCAUCAACAACAUUGUCGUGCUUGAAGCAUACGAAAGGCCCGGAGGCCGUAUCCAUUCGUGUUGGAUUGGAGAUAUUGUUGCUGAACUUGGAUCGCACUGGAAACCGGAUAAUUGUUGCACUCAUCCAAUUUAUAUGAUGUCCGCUACUGAAAGCCCUCCUCGAGCCGGAGUCCCUGGCACGGAGCACACUCGAGGCUUAUUCAAUCGCAUCGUUACCGGUAAAAUGGCGUAUCCGCCUACUGUGACUUCUUAUUAUAAAUUUCGACAAAUAGAACAAGAAGCAGCGAGCAUUUACUGCCUUGGCGGGAAUAAACAACAAGGGUCUCUCAUUAAUUUUAUGAGUUUGAGAAUUCAGCAAGAAUUGCAUGAGUAUCCCGACGAUCAGCAGCAUGACGCGGCUCGAAUAAUGUUUGGCCUCGCCCACAUGCUUAACGCGAGAUGUGGCGAUGAUACAGCAAUGUUGUGCGCCGAUCAUUUGGGUUGCUUCAUGAAUAUGCCCGGUGGAGAAGUUCGGGUGCCGUUAGGUUUGGUCGGAAUUCUCGCUCCAAUUUUACGUCAAAUACCAGAAGGAGCGAUUAGAUAUUGCAAACCAGUAAAUUGUAUUUAUUGGGGUACAUCACAAAAAUCUGGAUUCAGAGCCACCGUUUACACAACCGAUGGAGAAGAAUUUCCUGCCGAUUACGUAAUUAUUACUGUUUCCUUGGGCGUUCUUUUUUCAAACUCAAAUAGACUGUUCUGUCCUGCUUUACCUGCAUCUAAAAUAGAUGCGAUGCGUUGUCUGGGAUUCGGGUACUGCAAUAAAAUCUACAUGGAAUAUUGUCGUCCAUUUUGGUUUUGGCACAAGGGAAACCUAAACUUUAAAUACUGUUGUAAGGAAUUGUGUUAUCGUUGCGACUGGACACGAGGUAUAACAGCUAUAGAAGUUGUGCCGAACAGUAAACACGUAUUGUGCGUUUGGGUCGUAGGCCAAGAAGCAAUGAUGAUGGAGGGUCUUUGUGAUAAAGACGUGGCAGAAGGGGUCACUGAUGUUCUACGAUACUCCACAGGGAACGACUGUAUACCUUAUCCAGUGACUAUUUUGAGGUCACAUUGGACAUCAGAUCCCUUCUUUUGCGGAGCUUACUCUUACGAAAAUACAUCUUCUGAUGGUCAAGCACAACGAGCUUUGGCAUGUCCACUUCCAGGACCAAGUGAGCCGGUUCCCCCAAUUCUUUUAUUCGCCGGAGAAGCAACCGUACCUGGUCACUAUGCUACUGUAUCGGGCGCCAGACUCAGUGGAAUAAGAGAAGCUGAAAGAAUCGUUCAAUUAACCUUACAGUUCAAAGGGCCGCCGCUGCCAUUUGUUGCACCAAAUGCAUCAAAAACACCAAAAUAA